AUGUCUACCGAGAAUAUCCUACUCGGUGAUAUCCAGCCGAUUGCUGGAGACAGUACUUCUUGCGCGGUAGAGGUCAUCGAAUCCCAGGUCCGCACUGAGCCCAGCACCGCCGGCUUUUUUUCCAGCUACCAAUAUGCAAGGGCGCCGCAGCUCUCCGCGCUGUUUGUAUCAAUAUUCUGCGCGUCUGCCGCUGGGGCAGCCAUGCCCCUAGUAACGAUCGUUUUCGGGGCUUUGGCUGAGGAGUUUAUCAAUGAAGACGAGAAAGCAGUGCAUGACGUUCGAGAUCGGGUUCGGCAUCUCACGCUCCUACUCGUGUAUAUCGCGAUCGGGUCUUUUAUCACCACCAUGAUUGGUACAUGGGGCCUCAAUGUUGUCGGGGAACAGAUUCGAUGCGACCUCCAACAAAGAUAUCUGUCUUCGGUGCUCCAGCAGAAUAUGGCCUAUUUUGAUGUAGUUAAAACAGCGGAACUCAUGUCCCAACUCGAUCAAGAUAUGAAGUUGAUUCAAGCUGGAAUUUCACAGAAAUUGGGUAGUAUUAUCUCUGGAGUGUCCGGGUGCGUGGUUGCCAUCACAUGCGCAUUCAUGCAGAACCCGCGCUUCGCAUCUAUUAUGAUAUCGCAGCCGAUCGCAUUGAUCCUACUCGUCGGGAUAAUGGGGUCUUGGAUGAGCAUGACACAAAAAAUGGCCUCGGCUCGGUGGGCAAAGGCUGAUAAUUUAGCCCAAGAAGUGCUCGGUGCCAUGAGGACUGUCAUUGCGUUCCGAAGCCAAGAAAGAUUUGCUAGGAAGUAUCAUGAUUACUUACUACGUCCUAUUGCUUUGGACUUUCGGGAAAGGUUCGUCUUCGGUGUAAUUGUUGCGGGAUCCUUCGCAAUUUUGCAUUUGGGCAGUGGGUUGGGCUUAUGGCAGGCUGACCAACUUUUCCGGCAAGGGCUCUGUACGAUCCCAGAGGCUUUGUCAAUAAUGUACGCAGUAACUGCUGCAGGUGGAAUGAUAUGUCAAGCACUACCGUUCGUUGUCGAUAUUUCGCAGGCCAACGGAGCAGUCAGCCGGAUCUUUUCAGUUAUGGAGCGCAUCUCACCAAUCAAUCCGUUAGCAGAUACGGGGAAGACGUAUGGCCAAGUCCGAGGUGAGAUUCGCCUUGAAAAUUUGACCUUUGCUUAUCCUUCGCGGCCUGAACGGACUGUCUUGAAGGGUAUCAGACUCCAUGUCCCGGCUGGACAUACUGUAGCCUUGGUUGGGCCAUCGGGCUCUGGGAAAUCGACAAUAUUUGCCCUUUUCGAACGGUUGUACCUUCCUCUCGAUGGUGUUAUUACGCUUGACGACAAGCCAAUUGACGAGAUGAAUGUCUCGUGGCUAAGGUCUCAGAUUGGGUAUGUCGGCCAAGACGUGUUCUUGUUCCGUGCAUCAAUACAUGACAACAUUGCAUUUGGGCUUCCUAAAUCUACCACCGAGAAACUAGACAUACCUGGUAUCCGAAAAUUGGUAAUUCAGGCUGCCCAGACAGCCCAAAUUCAUUCCUUCAUCGCCAGUCUUCCUGAAGACUACGAUACCAUGAUAGGGGCCAACGGGUCAAAUCUCUCCGGUGGACAGAGACAACGGCUCGCAAUUGCCCGAGCAAUUAUAUCUCAGCCAUCAAUCUUGCUACUAGAUGAGGCAACUGCUGCACUGGAUAGUCAAAGUGAAAAGGAAGUCCAGGAGGCUCUCAACAGGGCUGCUUUAGGGCGAACUACCUUGAUAAUAGCCCACCGGCUAUCGACGAUCCGAGAUGCCGAUACAAUUAUUGUCAUGAAGAACGGCGAGAUUAUAGAUCAAGGCUCCCACGCGGAGUUAAUGACUGGAUCUGCAAUGUACCAGGGGCUAAUAAGACAGCAAGCCAUCCGCCCAAAUGACCAAUAUCAGGAACCGUCUUCCACGCGAAGAAUAACUAAAUAUAACUCGAGGGGCGAUCCAUUCAAUGCUGGUGCGAGAAAGAUACUAGAUGAUUCUCCCGUCCCAGAAUAUGCGCCCGGAAAUAGUAUAAAGCAGAUUUGGCGCUUGAAUAAGCCCGAGAUGUCUUACAUUAUCGCAGGAGCGCUUUGCAGCGUCUUGGCUGGAAUGACAUAUCCCGUCCAAGCGAUCUUCUUCGGCAACGGGAUUAUGUCAAUUAUCAAUCCUGAUCUGAGUACCGGUGGGAACAAUGUUCAGUUCUGGGCCAAGAUGUACCUCGUUCAUGGUAUUAUUGUGGUUGUUAUCUACUGUAUACGAGGCUACUGCUUUGCCGUGUCUGCAUCCCAGUUGUAUCUCCGAGCUCGCUCGCGCUUAUUCAAAGCAUUGCUUCUAAAGAACCUCCCAUUUCUGGAGCACGAAAACCACUCAACUGGAGCCUUAGUGAGCUUUCUCUCGUCAGGAGUUCAGAAAACCAUCGGUGUCUCUGGAACGUCACUUGGACUUGUGGUCGAAAGCGUCGUGAUGCUCGCAACGGGAAUUGCAGUUGGAUGUAUUUUUGGAUGGAAACUCGGUGUUGCUUCGACAGCUACCGUCCCAUUAAUCGCCAUAUCCAGCUUCCUGCAGUACUAUGUCGAGGCGCAAGUGCAGAGGUAUGUCCAACGCGAUACUAAUGCCGUGGAAUUUGCACAUGAAACUUUCUCCGCUAUAGAAACAGUGACAAUCCUCGGCUUGCAAAACUCCAUCCUUGCGUCGUUUCGAGAACAAAGCGGAGGAGACCGUCGGGCCAGUUACUGGGUUAUGUCGGCAGCCAUGUAUGCAUGUGCCACAUCGCUCCGUAUACUGAGCAUUGCUUUUGUAUUCUGGUAUGGCGGCACCCAUCUGAUUGCAACCGGCGAGUAUAGCAUCCAACAAUUUUUCAUUUGCUUUGCGGCGACGGUCUGGGGUUCCCAGUCUGCAGCAGCUCUCUUUGCACGCGCGCCAGACAUUGCCGGGGCUCAUACUGCUGCUGCCCGACUUACGAAGUUGAUGCAAACCGAUGAUUCAUCAUCACGACUCACAGACAAUACACCGAAACACGAUCUCAUCUCCGUGCCAAGUACCAUUGAGAACCUUUCCUUACAACAUAUUAACUUCAGAUAUCCGACCCGCCCAUCUCAGUUGGCGCUGAAUGAUGUCCAUCUCGAUGCCCCAGCUGGGACUUUCAUCGCCCUCGUCGGGACGACUGGCAGCGGCAAAAGCUCAGUGAUUAAUCUCGUGGAGCGCUUCUAUGCCGCCGAAUUUGGCGAGAUCACGUUAGGGAACACAUCCAUUGAAGCAUAUGAUCUGAAUAGCUAUCGACGAUACUUAGCCCUGGUCGACCAGAAUCCUUGCCUGGUUGGUCAAGAUCUGCGUGAGUGCUUGCAGAGUGAUGAGCGGGUCAGUUCAGACGAGGAGAUAUUGGCUGCUUUGGAGAACGUCGAUCUAGUUGAUUUUGUGCUAUCUCUUCCCCAAGGAUUGAGCACCCCUAUUCUGAGCAACGGAUCGAACCUUUCUGGAGGUCAACGCCAGCGGAUUGCCAUCGCCAAGGCUCUUUUAUGGGGACCAGAGAUUCUUAUACUUGAUGAAGCAACUUCUGCACUGGAUAGUGCCUCGGAGGAAGUAGUUCAAAAGGCACUUCAGCAGGCAAUGAAAGGCCGGACGAUCAUUGCCGUCGCCCAUCGACUAAAGACCAUUGUCAAUGCAAAUAUGAUUUUCGUUUUCGAUCAUGGACAAAUUAUCGAGAGAGGAAGCCACGAUGAGCUAUUCAAGCUUGGUGGGAAGUAUUGGCAGAUGGCCAAAUUGCAGCAGUUGGAUGAGCAGGCCCUUGAUAUGUAG